AUGGCCGCGGCUGCUAGUACUAGGUCCUUGCACAUCCUGCUCAAGUUCGCCGUCGCAGCAUCCCUAGUACAGCACCUCGCCGCCGUCGCCGCCCCGCCAGAUGCAGCCCGUGGUGUCACGUUACACGUCGACCGUUGCCAGGUGGUUGUGGACAAUGGCGUGGUGCAGGUGGAGCUGUCCAGGCCGCAGGGCCACAUCACCGGCGUCCGCUACAACGGCGGCGAUCAAAAUAUGCUUCAGUACAACGCUAGCCAGAGAAACUCGGGAGGGUAUUGGAAUGUGGUUUGGAACUAUCCCGGCUCUGAUCACCCAAAAGGAAUCGUGGAUAUGUUGGACGGUGCAGAUUUCGAGGUAGUAUCCUCGAGUGUAGAUCAGGUGGAGCUUUCUUUCAGGAGCACAUAUAAUCCAUCACGUCCAAGCAGCGUUGGGCUAAACGUCGACAAGAGGCUUGUGAUGCUGAGAGGUAGCUCAGGGUUCUACUGCUAUGCCAUCUUUGAGCAUGCCAGGGAGUGGCCAGCUCUCAACAUUUCGGUGGCUCGCCUCGCCUUCAAACUUAACGCGGCCAAGUUCAACUACAUGGCGAUUUCAGACAAUAUACAGAGAUACAUGCCCAGUGCGGCAGACAGAGAUCCACCUCGUGGUGUCCCACUGGCCUACAAGGAGGCCGUCCUGCUGGUUGAUCCCGUGGAGCCAGAGUUCAAAGGGGAGGUAGAUGACAAGUACCAGUACUCGCUGGAUAACGAGGACAACAUGGUUCACGGAUGGAUCAGCAGCAGCAACCCGAUGGGCUUCUGGGUCAUCACUCCCAGCAACGAGUUCAAGAACGGCGGCCCGAUCAAGCGGGAGCUCACCUCGCACAGUGGCCCCACCUCCCUCGCAGUGUUUCUAGGGCCGCAUUACAUCGGCAAGGACAUCGUCGUCAAGUUUGAGGAGGGCGAGUACUGGAAGAAAGUGCUGGGCCCGGUCUUCAUCUACCUCAACUCCAUCCCCAAGACCAAGAGCGGCGAUCUCUGGGAGGACGCCAAAGCGCAGGCGCAGGCUGAGGUCAGCAAAUGGCCCUACAGCUUCCCUCAGUCACCGGACUUUGCGAAGGCCGGCGAGAGAGGCUCCAUUACAGGGAGGCUCUGGGUCAGAGACAGGUACAUGGACAAGAAAGAUAUGCAGCCUGCUGGGAUGGCUUAUAUCGGGCUCGCCUCACCUGGGCAACCUGGCUCCUGGGCCACAGAGAGCAAGAAGUAUCAGUUCUGGACAAGGGCCACAUCCGGCGGCAGGUUCAGCAUCGGCAAUGUUCGGGAAGGAGUGUACAACCUGUACGCAUGGGUACCCGGGGUUCUUGGAGACUACAUGCAUACCUCUCCUCUAACCAUAACGCCAGGUCGCGUCAUCAGCGUUGGUGAUCUUGUGUUCGAGCCCCCAAGAUCAGGCCCGACGCUGUGGGAGAUCGGUGUCCCGGAUCGGACGGCGGCGGAGUUCUACAUCCCUGACCCUGACCCAAAAUACGCGAGCAGGCUCUUUCUUACCAAAGACAGGUAUAGACAGUAUGGUUUGUGGGAAAGGUACAACGUCCUGUACCCUGCAGAAAACGAUCUUGUAUUCACGGUUGGGAAGAGCAACCACUCCAGGGACUGGUUCUUUGCGCAUGUCACCAGAAAGGUCGGCAACGAUAUGAUCAUGCCAACGACAUGGCAGAUACGGUUCUAUCUGAACGGCGUCGUAGCAGACGGCACCUACACGCUUCGCAUUGCCCUUGCAGCUUCUCACAGGUCCAGCUUGCAGGUGCAAGUGAACGGGGGAACUGGAGGCGGCGGCGGGGUGUUUACGUCGCCGGAGUUGCUGGGCGACAACAACGCCAUCGCCCGGCACGGCAUACGCGGUACGCAAUGGAGCCUGGACUUGGCGAUCAAGGGAGACAUGAUCCACCAAGGCGACAACACCAUCUACAUCACCCAGACGAGCGCCUUGAGCGAGCUCGUCGGGGCCAUGUACGACUACAUUCGCCUUGAAGGGCCUUCCCCAUAG